CUUGACUCACGUAGCAGCAUGACACGAGUUUUGCGGUGUCGAAGAUCUGGGAAGCGCGGUGAAGAGUGACACGCUGGAAAGUACGAGCGGGGCCAGCGGAAGGCGAGCGAGCAUACACAUUGCUCGUGAACACGAUAAAGUGUGAGACUUCCAAACCUCGCGGUUUAGAAAGCGCGCAACGUAAACUGCACAAAUUACAUAGGUCGGAUUGUUGAUCCCCCAUUGACUGACCCACGUUUCGCUCGACGAAAUACCCGCGACAUAUUCUGUUUCACCUAUAGCUGCGCCAGCAAAGCCAAGUGUGCGGUGUUAUACGAGGAGAUUAGCGUUUCUACGCGAGGAAGCGGCGCUAAUCGAGGAUCGAGAUGGCCGGUGCAAUGUUGUUCGAGCGGGCCCAGGCUGUCUCGGUGACAAACCGCAGUGAAGGUAUCUCUUUGCUGAACGAGAUUGUCUCGGACCCAAGUAUUGGCGUCGCCGACGAUGACGAGGACAACAUCCGUGUCAAGGAGCAGGGUAUCCUCCACCUGGGUGAGCUCUACAAGAAAGAGGGAAAGGCAAAAGAACUGGCCGAGUUGAUCAAAGCCACCAGACCGUUUCUUAGCCUCAUUAGUAAAGCAAAGGCCGCCAAGCUUGUGCGGUCCUUGGUCGACUUUUUUUUGGAUCUGGAAGCUGGUAUUGGCAUUGAGGUGCAAUUGUGUAAAGAAUGCAUAGAAUGGGCAAAGGAGGAACGGAGGACGUUUUUAAGGCAAUCAUUAGAAGCUCGCUUAAUAGCCCUUUACUUCGAUACGGGCAUGUUCAGUGAAGCAUUGCAAUUGGGAUCGGCUCUACUCAAAGAACUAAAAAAACUCGACGACAAACAGCUGUUAGUAGAGGUUCAAUUAUUAGAGAGCAAGACAUAUCAUGCAUUGAGUAAUUUAGCAAAAGCAAGAGCUGCGCUCACCAGCGCUAGGACAACUGCCAAUGCAAUUUACUGUCCACCCAAAAUGCAAGCUGCUCUGGAUCUACAAUCAGGAAUAUUACACGCUGCUGAUGAACGAGACUUCAAGACUGCUUACUCCUACUUUUAUGAAGCUUUUGAAGGAUAUGACAGUGUUGAAAGUCCUAAGGCUCUGACGGCGCUCAAAUACAUGUUGUUGUCUAAAAUUAUGUUGCGUACGCCAGAAGACGUUCAGACUAUCAUGUCUGGCAAACUGGCAGUAAAAUACGCAGGAUUGGAUCUAGAUGCGAUGCGUGCGGUGGCCGAGGCUAGUCACCGACGAUCGCUAGCAGAUUUUCAGAAAGCAGUGAAGCAAUACCGACAGGAAUUGGAGGACGAUGUGAUUGUACGCGCACAUCUUGGCUCUCUCUAUGACGCUAUGCUAGAGCAAAAUUUAUGCCGUUUAGUUGAACCUUAUUCACGAGUUCAGGUGAGUCAUAUUGCUUCGUGCAUAUCUCUGCCGUUGGCGCAAGUAGAAAAGAAAUUGUCGCAGAUGAUUUUGGACAAAAAGCUGCGAGGAGUUCUCGACCAAGGAGAAGGUGUUUUAAUCGUUUUCGAAGAUACCCCACGCGAUAAGACCUACGAAAUCGCACUAAACACGAUACAUAGCAUGGGAAAAGUCGUCGAUACACUUUACCAGAAAGCUAAGAAACUCACCUAGCCCUAUUUAAUAUGUAUUUAUACGAAAAAAAAUUUAUCGCAAUUAUUAUAAUCAUUAAUAAUUAGUUAUUCUCAUUAAAUACUGUCGAUUAACUGUAUUUUUCUCGUAAUUAACGUGAACGGCACACAAGUGUCGCGAAUAAAAAGUGCUCAUUUAUCGAUACGUUCGUAUAGGAUCGCUUUUAUUAAUUGUAGGAAUUGUUUAAAAAGUGAUAAAUACGAAAUAAUCGAUUUGCUUGAGAUUUAAUCAGCAAACCCUUCUAAUCUCUCUUUAAAAUUAUUUUUCGUAAAUAAUCAAGGAAGUGAAGAAAAAAAUGUCAUAACACUGAAAAACAAAAUAUAAAAAAGGUAAAAGAA